UGACGUUGUUGUUUGUUGGUAACACUGUGUUCAUCGCCAUCUUAAAUUUUAUUCAAUAAAUUUCGUCUUUUACGUUUAUUUUGAUUUCGAGUCCCACCGUAUUUUAUAACAGUUAAUAUUUCGAAGUCUUAUUGCAAUGAGUACCACUAUUUCAACACCGUUGUUUGCUUGUUCUCGUUGUUUCUCUAGACAUCCUUUUGAGGAGUUGUCUCCUGGGGAACAACUUUGUAAGGAAUGUCGCGGUUCAUUCCCCGUUGUCAAGUGUACAUAUUGUCGCUCGGAGUUUCAACAAACAAGCAAAUCAAAUACAUCUUCUAUUUGCAAGAAGUGUGAGGCUAAUGUGAAAGCAUAUGGGAAACCCACUGCUUGUGAAUAUUGCAAUAUUAUUGCUGCCUUUAUUGGUAAUAAAUGCCAGCGAUGCACUAACUCUGAACGGAAGUAUGGCUCCGCUGUUACAUGUGAACAAUGCAAACAGCGAUGCGCCUUUGAUCGGCAUGACGACACAAAAAAGCUGUCUCCUUUCCAGGUUGAUGGAAAGCUUCUAUGUUGGCUGUGCACCCAAUCGUUGAAAAGAGCACUGGCAAGAACUAAACAGCAUUUGUCAUCAGUUGAUAAACACAAGCACAGAACACACAAGUCUAAAAACAAUCAUAAAGAAAAACGCAAGUCUGACAUGAUGAAGUCAAUGAAUGCAAGUGAUUCAUCACACAAUGAUUCACACCCACUUGAAAAGAAAUUGAAAUCGAAUCCGCUGCAAGGUAAACGUGAACUUGAUCCAAACAGUUCUGAUCAUGUUGUUGCCAUGACUCAGCUCAAGGAAACUAUUGCCAGUUUACAGAAAAAGGUGCAACAAAAAGACAACGAGCUGCUUGCCAAAGACAAACUGAUCACAGAAUUGAAGGCCCAACAUCACAAUAACACAACGGACCUUCGAACAGAAAUGAAAAAUAAGGAACGUUUAAAUGAAACCAAAUUUAACCUUAUGAAUACCAAGAUACAAAACCUUCUAAAGGAAGUCGCAACUCUUAGCAAGUCUGCCAAGAAAAAUAACAAAAACACCAAGGCAAUACUGGUUACCACAGAGAACAGCGGCAGUGGUACCGAUAGCCCCAGUACCAAUUAGAACAAUUCCUCUUUAACUUAGACAUAUUAUUUUUUAGUAAUGUUACAUACAAAACUGGAAAAUAUUUUCCUCUUAUUUUUUUACUCUACAAAUGAUUUUAUUUGUAGACUUUUUUUAUAAAACUAAGUGUAAGUAGGUUUCAAUUUGUCAACAAUUUAAUUUUUAAUUUAUUGCAAUUAGAUGGAAAGUGAUUUGUACCAAUAUUUUAAUUAAAGAAUGAAAAUAAUUUAUUCAUUGUACAGAAAAUAAUAAAAAAAAACGUGUGUAUAAAAUUGAUGCGGGUUAACAGGUAUUAGUUAAGCGAAUCAAAUCUGAGAUGUAAGUGUGUUAUGUCUGAGAUUAUUUUUUUUGUAUACAAUUUUUAUUGAUUUCACGUGAAAUUAAAUUUAGAGUAAACCAUAUUAUCAUCAAAAUCAAAAUCAUAUUAGAAACAGUUUAUGACUUCACUUAUCAAUGAAAGUAAUCAAGAUAUUUUUUAAUGUGUGAAGUUCUCAGUAUAAAAAAUAUCUAAUAACACUGCGCCUAUUGAACUAUUUAGAUCUCUUACUGUAUAAGAUAACUUUUAUUUUCCAACUAUACAUAUGGUUAAAAAAAUCGUGAAUUUUCAUAAUUAUUGUUAUUAAAUGAAUAUGUUUAGUAAUAAAUCGUGUAAAUGCACAAAUUGUAAUUUCCAAAGAGAUUAGGCUUGGAUGUAUUUUAUUUUCAGUAACUAUCUACCUAUAACUUGUCAUCAUUUGUUUGUAUUGUCUGAAAUCUGAAAAAUACCAUUUGGGAUCAAUUUGCUUUCACCAAUUGAGCCCAAUUGGUAUACGCCAAAUGGUAUUUUAUCUACCAAUUACAGUGUUGGUGCAUAUAUUUAAAUGUAUCACUAUUUUGUAACGAUUAAGGACUAGUUACUUACUUUAUUCAUUUGAAAGUUUUUGUUCCGUCUUGAAAAUUAAUGUCAUAUCAAGUUUUUACAUACUUAAGUGUUUUAAGCAGAAUGUGUAAUAAAACUACACAAAUAGCUGUUACUCCACAGCAUAGAGCAUUGCAUUCCCGGUAAAUGUUGAAUUAAUAUUUAUUACGCAUGGUCACUAGUUUAUAAGCAAAAAUGUAGAUGAAUCAAAUAUAAAAUAUUUAAACAUUUGGAAUUUGUAACGUUUUCUGUUGACUGACAAAAAUAAAUCUGACUUUUAUAUAUAAAUAAACAAAGUGUUUUUGAUGGAUAUGCGGUGUAAGAUAUGAUCAACUAAUGUGGUUUCUAUUUGACUAAUAUUUUUAUAAACUUCCUAAUGUCCUGCAUACUGCUAUUCAUGACAAUAUCUUUUGUAAUGUGUGGUUAUUGAGUGAUAUAUUUCUACUAAUAAUCCAUAAGAGAAGUUGAACGGUGGUUUCGCAGAACAAAUGUAGGUACCAUUGGAUUGUUAAGCACGAAUAAUAUCCGUUACUUUACGGCCCCUGUAAACUUGUGAUAGAUUUGUUAUAAAUUACCACGACAAUAUAAUAUAACUAUUUUCAUGCAAUCGGUAAUCGAUAGUAGUUCUGAAAUCACUAAAUACUUGUGCAGACAAAACUUCACGUCUGCGACGGAUAACGCAUUUCAUUCACCACUAACUUUCAAGGACCCAUUUGCUUAUAAAGCAAUGCAAUCAUGUUAUUUUAUUACACAAAAAUAUUUCCAGCUUGCUGAUAAUUUAUUUUAAAUAAUCUGUCCAUUUACAUGUGAUCGAAAUAAAUAGUGCACCAUUUUGUUUCAUUAUUGUCUUCCGGACAUUAAGCUUAAGACAUGCCAAACAUGUCACUACAUAUGCCUCCAGACGUUACAUCCUCCAAAAAAAAAAUAAGAUUUCUCAAGAAUGCUGAAGACGUUCUGUCUCCAUAUUCCCAAACACGUGCACAUUCAAGGCAAUUUUGCAGAUUCGCCACAUUGUGUACAACGGUCAUAGGUUUAUGCAAAAAUCAGGAACCGACAAAUACAAGGUAUUUUUGUCAUACUAGGUAUUAUUUCGGUGUAUCAUGGGAAUUGUAUAAAAUAUUACAUUAGGCUUACAAGUGUACUUGUUGUCAGAAUAUGCAGAACCAUUUUUUAUUUUGUAACAUGAUGAAAAAAUUCGUAUAUUAUAAAGUUUAUUGAAAUAUCUUGAAACAUUAUUUUCUAGUCUAAUUAAUCGUGGGCUAAAAAUUCGACCUAGAAAAAGUUGACGAAAU